CUCCCUCGCCGCUGAGUCCGCUCGCUUCGAUUUCCUCGCGCCUUCCCACCAACCCGGGCUCCGGCGCGCCACCCCCUGGCAAAAUGGAGCCCAUGGACAGCCAGGUCACAGCCGUCGCGCUCUCUGACUCCGAUAGCGUCUCCGUCGACGGCGCCGACGCGGCGGACGCCGACCUACAGGCGCUCCGCCGCCUCUCCGACAAUCUCGCCGCCGCGUUCCGCUCCCCCGACGACUUCGCCUUCCUCUCCGACGCGCGCAUCGCGGUGCCCGGCGCGCCCGACCUUUGCGUGCACCGCUGCGUGCUCUGCGCGCGCAGUCCCUUCCUGCGCGCCUUCUUCGCGCGCCGAACCGCGGCCGCCGGCGCCGGCGAGGAGAAGGUCAAGGACAAAGACAAGGACAAGGACAAGGACAAGGACAAGGACAAGGUCGAGCUCCGAGAGCUUCUCGGCGAGGAGGUGGAGGUCGGCUACGAGGCGCUGCGGCUGGUGAUCGAGUACCUCUACAGCGGCCGCGUCGGCGCCCUGCCCAAGGCGGCGUGUCUCUGCGUCGACGAGGGCGGUUGCGCGCAUCUCGGCUGCCGCCCCGCCGUCGCCUUCAUGGCGCAGGUCCUCUUCGCCGCCUCCACCUUCGAGGUCGCCGAGCUCACCAGCCUCUUCCAGCGGCAGCUCCUUGAUGUCCUUGAUAAGGUUGAAGUAGACAACCUCCCAUUGAUCCUAUCUGUUGCAAACUUAUGCAGCAAAUCUUGUGUGAAACUUCUCGAGAGAUGCCUUGAGAUAGUAGUUCGGUCAAAUCUUGAUAUGAUUACUCUUGAGAAGGCUUUGCCUCCAGAUGUUGUCAAACAAAUUGUUGAUGCAAGGCUAAGUCUUGAAUUAGUUUCGCCUGAAGACAAGGGCUUCCCUAACAUACAUGUACGAAGAGUACACAGAGCGCUGGAUUCUGAUGAUGUGGAGCUAGUCAGAAUGCUACUCAAGGAAGGGAAAACUAAUCUUGAUGACGCAUAUGCAUUGCACUAUGCUGUAGAACAUUGUGACUCAAAGAUCACAACAGAGCUUCUGGAUCUCGCACUUGCAGAUGUUAAUCAUAGGAACCCAAGAGGUUAUACAGUUCUUCAUAUUGCUGCUAUGAGAAUGGAGCCUAAAAUUAUUGUCUCCCUUUUGACCAAGGGAGCUCGGCCGUCAGAUCUCACAUUUGAUCAUAGAAAAGCAGUACAGAUAUCUAAGCGACUUACCAAGCAUGGGGAUUACUUUGGGCCUACUGAGGAUGGAAAACCUUCUCCAAAAGAUAAAUUAUGUAUUGAGAUACUAGAGCAAGCUGAAAGAAGGGAUCCGCAACUUGGAGAAGCAUCAGUUUCUCUUGCGAUGGCAGGAGACUGUCUGCGUGGAAGGUUGCUCUACCUUGAAAAUCGAGUUGCUUUAGCGAGGAUAUUGUUCCCCAUGGAGGCAAGGGUAGCAAUGGACAUUGCUCAAGUGGAUGGAACCUUGGAAUUUGCCCUUACUGUUGAUCUAAAUGACACUCCUUUCAAAAUGAAGGAAGAACACUUGACUCGGAUGAGCGCCCUCUCCAAAACAGUGGAACUUGGGAAGCGCUUCUUCCCACGGUGUUCAAAAGUGCUGGACCAGUUCAUGGACGAUGAAAACGAGCUGGCUUCCCUUGGGAGAGACACAUCCACAUCCACAGAGAAGAAGAGGAGGUUCCAUGACCUGCAAGACGUGCUCCAGAAGGCAUUCAGCGAGGACAAGGAGGAGAAUGACAGGUCAGCCCGUUCAUCUUCCGUAUCAUCGAGGACGACAUCGAUCGGAGCCGUCCGGCCCAGGAGAUGAAAGGAAACCUUGGUUCCCCGUUCCCGCCAUUUUGGUAGCUAAUGAUGUGCCCGUCUGUGUAAUGUCCCCAUGGUCGUUGUAGCAGUCUAGCUUCGCCUGAUAUUCUCCAUGGCUAAUCUAUUGGCCAUGCAGAGCCCGUAUUGGUGCUCACUUGUGCUUGUACAGUAUGUUCCUGCAUAACAUAUAGUAGUACUUGGUAUGUCCAUAGAAUUGUGUACUAGGUGUAUGUAAAUUGGUAACUUGAGAUGCUUGGAUUGUGAAUGGUAGUCUAGAUCAGCGAUGGGCAGCCGAGUGAUAAACUGAAUUGCAACAAUUACCAGUGCUUGGCUUAUGUCUUCUAACGUUUCAUGCAUGAAUGGGAGUUUCUGCUGCGCCA